GUGAAGUAAGCUUCUCUUUAUCUCUCUCCUUUAUCCAUAUACACAGAAUAAGAAGCAAAGAGCUUCAUCCACCGUAACUCGGAAAAAAUUGUUGGUGGGGUUUCGCGGCUGCGGCCAUAAUCGUAAUAGUAGAGUUCAAAUGGGGUUUUGCGCAAAUGCAAUUGCUCCCACUAGCAGUAAUGGCGGAAUAUGGAGCAUGGCGUCUCUGAAGUCAUCCUUGCCUUCCAUUUCUCCCUCUCCUUCGUCUUCUUCGCUUCGCCUUCCGAUGGCUUCUGCAGCUUUCCCGUCUUUUUCUCCAUCUGGGUUUAGGCCGUCGUCUCGCCCCAAACCCAAGGUGGUUCUUCGCUCUUUCUCUGGUCUCGCCCCUCUACAUACCGACCUCUUCUUCAUUGCUUCUUCAGAAAUGAACAGCUUUGAGCAUGGAUUUGCCAUUAUCGACAAUGGAGGGCGGAUUUCUGCCAUGAGACAUGGCAAGCGAAUCCCCAGGCUCAGCAGGCCUGCUGACCAACGCAAAGCACUGCUGCGAGGUCUUACAACUCAGCUUCUUAAGUAUGGUCGAAUCAAAACUACUAGAGCAAGGGCAAGUGCGAUGAGGAAGUAUGUUGAUAAGAUGAUCACUCUAGCAAAAGAUGGUUCUCUUCACAAGAGGAGACAAGCUCUUGGCUUCAUCUAUGAGAAACAGAUAGUCCAUGCCCUGUUUGCAGAGGUUCAGGAUAGGUAUGGAGAGAGGAAUGGAGGUUACACAAGGAUUAUCAGAACUCUGCCGAGGCGAGGAGAUAAUGCUCCUAUGGCCUACAUUGAGCUUGUCUAGCUUCUUCUGAUCACAUAUCUUCUUGCAAACUAUAUGUUAAUUCGGUUUCCUAAUUGCAAUUGUGAGCUGGGAAAUGUAGUUCUGUAUUCAACUGAGACAAAAAAUCUUUGUAUUUUACUUUUUCCUUGAAAUAGUUCUCAGAUUUUGCAGGCUUAA